CUGUCUCCUGACCCGGCAUGCAAAUGCCAAAGCUAAAUCCAGCUCCAGCAUGAGGAGUUUGGCGCCUUCGGGCUUCCGUAGCUGUGUUAUUGCUGCGUUCGCAGGCAUUUCCUCACGAGAACACGUGGGUUGUAGUGGAGUACAAUCAGGAGCCACAACCUUCCCGGCCGGUAGCCUGCAUUGUGCCGCAGCUGCAGAUGCGAGUAAAGGAGCCAUCUUCCCUGGGAGGCGCGGAAAAGACGAGGAGAAGUAGGAGGUCCAGUCGUCCCCCUGAUGACGAUUCCUCAGAUGACCUUAUUGGUCUGACCUGCCACCAUGUGAGCCAAGCAGUGGAUGUGACUCGGGUGAAGAAAGCGGUGUCCCAGAAUGUGUGGUCCACAUGCACAGAAUGCAUGAAGGAGAGGAGGACACUGGAUGGAGAGUUUGCGCCCCCCGACGAUGUUUGGCUGUGCCUUAAAUGCGGCCAUCAGGGCUGUAGCGCUACCUCUGAAGGCCAACACUCCUUGAAGCAUUUUCGAUCUGCACACAGCGAUUCUCAUUGCAUUGCAGUUAACCUCAGUACGUGGGUCAUUUGUUGUUAUGAAUGUGAUGAGGAGCUUUCAACUCACUGCAAUAAGAAGGCUCUUGCCCAGAUGCUGGACAUUCUCCAGAAACACUCGUCACGCUCCGAGAAAGGUUCCUCUUCAAAGGUCAUCUGCUUACAAGAACCAAGUGGUGAAAAUAUUAGAGAGAAAGCAGCACUUCAUAUUACAUCUGUCCCUGUGAAAGGAAUAGCAAACUUGGGCAACACUUGCUUCUUUAAUGCUGUGCUUCAGAAUCUUGCCCAUACACACAUGUUAACAGAAGCACUGUCUGGAAUGAAGGAAAGGGAUGCAAAAUUGAAGAUUUAUCUUAAUGAAGAAAACAUGGAUCCGAUAGUCAUCAGUCUCCCUAAUCCUGGUCCUCUCACAUCAGCAGUGGUCUUAUUCCUGCACAGUAUGAAAGAGCCAGGAAAAGAACCCUUGAUGGCUAAAAUGCUCUUUAGCCAGCUCUGCUUAAAGGCCCCUCGAUUUAAAACUUUCCAGCAGCAAGAUAGCCAGGAACUACUGCACUAUUUGCUGGAUGCCUUGCGUUUAGAAGAAACAAAGCGUAUACAAUCUGGGAUUUUGAAAGCAUUUAACAACCCAACUGCUAAAACUGCAGAUGAGGAUACAAAGAGAAAAGUAAAAGCUUAUGGAAGAGAAGGCAUAAAAGCUAAUUUUAUUGACAGAAUAUUUGUUGGUGAAUUAACCAGCACAGUCAUGUGUGAAGAAUGUGAAAAUAUUUCAUCUGUAAAUGAAGCAUUUAUUGAUCUUUCUCUGCCAAUUAUAGAGGGGCGGGUCUCCAAACCUGUAAUCUGCAGUAGAGGAAACAAAGCAAAAGUCUCUCAGGAUAACACAUCAGGUCAAUGUAAAGACAACUCACCGGGGACGAGGAUAUACAAGUCAGACCCUGGGUUGAACAACAAUAAUCAAGUAAAUGAAGGACAGAAAAUUUGGCACAAAUCUACUUCUGACAACAGCAAAAGUGUUGUAAUAAUUGAGGAUGGUAAUAUGCAGUCUGAACAGUUUGUACAGGAGGCAAAGUCUACUUCUAGGGGUGUGAAGACUGGCAGUCAAUCUGAUGGCAGUGAACGAGAUGGUGAGAGCCAGCUGGAGAGCAGCGGAGAUGCGGACAGUGAGGCUUCAGACUGUGAAAGUUCAUCAAUCCAGAGGGAAUCAAAGAGGGAGUGCGAUAAUCCCAAAAAUCAUGUAACUUUGGAGAGUCCGCUGUCUACUAAUAGUAACAUUGACCUUGAUGAAGUCCGUGGGGUAAUGUCCAAGCUCAACCUCAAUCAAGUGGCAGAGAAUUUAGACUCCUGCAAAGAUGUCAACAGCACAAGCAAUCAGCCUUGUUCUUAUGCAAAGUGUAUGCAAUCCCAGGACCCACAAAAUGCUUUCCAAACCCUCUCCCAGGGCUACGUAACCAGCUCCAAAGAAUGCUCAGUUCAGUCCUGUCUCUACCAGUUUACAUCUGUCGAGCUUUUAAUGGGGAACAACAAGCUGCUAUGUGAGAAGUGCACUGAAAACAGGAUGAAGUGUGAAAGGGAGACUCACUCUGCGGAGGAGAAUCAAGAUCAUGUGUACACCAAUGCUCGAAAACAGCUCUUGAUAUCUUCAGUGCCAGCCAACCUCAUUUUGCACUUGAAAAGAUUCUGUCAGAAUGGGUUCAUGCUCCGUAAAAUCAUUAGGCAUGUGGACUUUCCAUUCAUAUUAGACUUGGCUCCAUUCUGUUCUGUGAACUGCAAGAAUGUGUCCGAAGAAAAGUGCAUUCUGUACAGUCUAUACGGAGUAGUAGAGCACAGUGGGUCAAUGAAAGGAGGACAUUAUGUUGCAUAUGUGAAGAUCAGGAUGCCUUCCAAAAAGCCAUUUGAAAUAAUCAGUGGUGGCAAGAAUUCAUCAGUACUGAAGGACAGAGCCACAUCAUCUCCCAGUCAGUGGGUAUACGUCAGCGAUACACAUGUACAAAUGGUUUCUGAGUCCAGAGUUCUGAGCUCCCAAGCAUAUCUUUUAUUUUAUGAAAGAUUUGUUUAGAUAUAGUCUAUUAUAUUACAUAUCCCAGUGUGUACUUUACAGGCCAGUGCAAAUGAGAAAAAAGUGACUGUUCUUUAUCUGGACAAACUGUUCUUCAGACUUCCCAUCACCACUGUGGAGCAGGUUAUAUGAAGGUUUGAUGCAUGAAGCAUAGAAGGUUCUCCUGGUUAUACAUAAAGGAAUCUGCAUAAGAUUGUUGCUUCGCUGGUGGUACUCUACUUGGGCCCGUGUUGUGUGACAGAACAGUAAAAAGUUGCACUGAUUUUAUCUUUUGCUGUUAAAUUAUUUAUACAGUUCCACGGAUGCCAUAUUUACUGCAGUUUAUUGGUAAAAAUAUAUUAAUGGCAACUUCACCCCAUACAGGUGGAUAGUUCAAGUAUUGGAUCGUUGGGGGUCCGACACCUGGGACCCCCGCCAACCAGCUGUUUGAGAAGGCCCCAGCACUCCUGUAAGCACUGCAGCCUUCUCUGUGCUCGCCAAGCACAGCGCCAUCCAUUAGAUAGCGUCAGUGCUUGGUAUGACAGCUCACCACAUUCACUUGUAUGGGGCUGAGCUGCACCUAGGCCAUGUGACCGAUGAACAUGUCAUCACAGGGCCUAGUGAACGCUGUGAGAAGACCGUGGCGCUACUGCCUUCUCAAACAGCAGAUCUAUCCACAGGAUAAGUAAAAAGAUCUUGGAAAACCACUUUAAUGAAUUGUUCUAUGAGUAUUCCUUCUUAACACCUAAAAGACGACAUUUAUAUGUGGCAUCAUAUGUUUCUAUCCUGUAUAUGAGGGUGAUGUAAGGUCAUAUUUACAGUAGAUAUAUGAUUUUCUUCAUUGUGCUUUUUUCAUAUAUAAAGAGAGCAGUCUGAUUACCAACAGCAACAACUUACUGUGCGACCCACUACUCGUGCAGUUUGUAAAUGUGGUGUCACGUAAGCACCUUGAGUUUUACUUGUAAGAUGCAUGCAAUUUUAGUUGCAAUAGUCGUUUCAUUCUCAGCCUCCCCAACAUCAUCUGGUGUCAGCCCAUACCGAAAAUCGUCAUCUGUUUUCAGGAAAACUAUGGGGUACGGAUACUAAGGAGGCCGUGCAUCACAAGAUUCUGGUGAUCUUAGGGAAGUCUGGGGCUUAAACCCUGUAAAGUAAACAUGCCAACCCAUUUAGCAUUAUAGUGUCAGGGAUAUCAAAUCUAUCUGGUAACCCUGAUUAGGAUUGGUAUUAAGUGUGACUCAUCCUCCCCAUAGUCUGAAGGAGAUAGACUACCUCUAGGAUCUGGCUCUGAAGAAUGUGUCUGUGGCACAUAUCAGGAUACAGUCUACUGUUCUCCUCCUACAACUCAGGGAUACUGCAGACUAGAUCAGUACACAAAGGCUUUUGAUGAUACUCGGAAGGGAAGCGUGCUGAAUUAAAGGCCUUAUAAUACUUAUAAACUUAUAAUGGUGAGAUGGGAUUGGUUAUGUUCAUAAAUUGUAAUCUUAAAAAUUAAAAUCCAUUAAAGGAGUUGUCCAGUUUCGGGAUGAAACUGCAUAACAUUCUGGAUCAUCCUGCUAUAAAGCUGGAUCCUGUGCUGCCACUCCAGUUCUCCCAGUCGGGCUCUGUUCACUGGGCUACAACGGUGAUGAUAUGUCAACAACACAUGACUGCUGCAACCAAUCACAGGCCUCAGAGGUGCACCCAAACAGGCUAGUGAUUGGCUGCAGCGGUCGCAUGUUGUCGAUGUAACGUCACCACUGUAGCUUGGCAAAUAGAGGCCACAGGGGAACUGGAGUGGCGGUAUAGGUUCCGGCAGGUAAGUACUUUACCAUUUCUUUAUUGGAGGCUGAUCCGGUGGGUUGUCUGAUUUUAUCCUAAAACCAGACAACCC